AUAAUAUUAAGAACAAUUAUGCAUGACAAAACAGACUUAUGAAUAGGAUGCUUCAUAUCCUUAGUAUCAAGUGUAAUUGCUACACUUGGAUAUGCUGUACAGAAGAUGGGGCACAUGAAAGCCAUUGAUCGUAGAGCAAACUAUCUAAGAGAACCUUUGUGGAUAUUAGGAUUUGGCUUAAUCACAUGAUCCAUCCCCAUUUACUCCUUUUCCUUGGUCUUUGCCUCUCAGACUGCGAUGAGCAUGGUGCCUACUUUCUCAAUAUUAUUCGUAAUGUUCUGGUCCUGGCUUCUUCUGAAUGAAAAACUGACAAAAUAUGAAAUAUUUGCUACUCUUUUCCUCGGACCAGGAACUUUUAUAAUAAUUUUAAGUUGUAAUGUUGAAGACACAGAAAUUAAGUCAAAUGCUUUCCAUGAUUACAUAUUUUCGAAUCAGUCCUUACUAUUUCUGUCUAUUCUAGCUUCGCUCUUUAUCGUUGGAGGGGGCCUCUCGAUGCACAUCAUCAAAUCACAUGCAAAAAUGGAUAGAGAGAUUGAAAGAACUACAAGUGAAGAGUUGGAUGAUGAAACUCAAAGUAUUGCCAGCUCAAAUAUUUCUAUGGAAGAAGUUCUUAGUUAUCGAUGGAACUUGGUGCCCAUGCUGUACUUCCCAUGGUUUGCAGGUCUCUUUUGAUGCUUAUCUUCCACAAUGACUAAGUCUUGGUUCCUUCUUCUCCAGGAGAGACUUCUAACCCAUACAAACUUCUUCGGCAAAAUUGGUGAUGUGCAAGGGUUAGUGCUAUUAAUGAACAUUUUAUUCUUUACUUUCUUAAGUUUCUUCCUUCUGAAUAAGGCUUUAUACUAUUUUGAGCCUAUCUACGUGCUCCCUUUCGAGAAGGUUUCUCUUCUUAUCAAUAACCUACUCUGAGGAGGGAUUAUUCUUGACGAAUUUACAAAAAUAUCGACUAGGCAGAUUAUCGGAUUCGUCAUUGGUACCAUCCUGUGCAUCAUCGGUGUGUUUAUAUUCCUCAAAAAGAAAGAUAAGUCCAUUCAGAUGAAGGACUUCAUGAAAGAAGAAAUAAAUGAAUAUCAAAAAUGUAAAAUGACUGGGAAAGGAUCAUAAAAAUUAUCACUCUAAUAUUCUCUAUUUAA